UGUGGGGGGUCGUGCGAAGGGGCCCACACUCAGGAGGCCUUUGGCUGGAAAUCUGUGCAUCAGUUCUUCAGCUCGGCUGUUUUCUGUCACUGGAAGUUAAAUAUUUAUUUGUUCCUUGUCCAUCUUUUUCCUACCGCUGGAAUUACUCAGAGCACUUCUUCAUAAUCAGCCUGUAUGACUGGGUUUGUAUCCUUCGCCGACUGAAAAGCCGAUUUAAAUGAGCCUUAUUUGCCAUAUGUAGAGUGGAAAUCUAACACAUCGCUCCUGAAAGCACUAUGAGCUCAUUGCAGUAUCAUCCUGCGGGAGGAACUUUUCUUGAGGGGGAUGCAGGGGAGCUGAUCAGAGUUGAUGGAAAGACAGAUGGAGCUGCAGAAAACUUUAGCUAAGGGUUCAAACUUUUAUCUCAGUUAAAUAAGGAAAACAGAUGAUUACAUUGUUUCAUAAUUUAUGCACUUUCUUGCUACUUUCUCACUUGCUUUUACUCUCAGAUCUGCAGGGACUCUCUCUCUCUCUCUCUCUCUCUCUCUUUCUGUCUCUCUCUCUCUCUUCUGACAGGUAGUCCAGAUUUCCCUGAACUCUUCCGCCCUCCUCUAAUCCCAGUCUCAGUCAUCUCUGUCCCUCCUGCUUGUUUUUCGACUCUGGUUUCUCCGAACACAUCAGGACACGGAGUUUAAAAAAAAAAAUGUCUUGGACGUAUGCAACCCUCCUGGCUCUCCUCGCAGUGCUGCUUGCGCUGAGCUCCAGGCCUGUCUCACUUCUGUCUCCAAACGCAGUGUCUCCAGAGGCAGCCGAAUCCGCAGCUGUGGGUAGCAGCACGAGAAAUGCAAAAAGCCCAGCAGGUCAGCUGAGGAGGAUCUUCAUGAAAGAAGCUGAUGCCUCCAACUUCUUCAGGAAGCGCAGCAGGCGAGCUGUGAAAUCCCAAGACGAGAUCAUCGCGGAGCAGAGGCAAGUUCUGGCUGCUGACGAGCGAAAGAGGGAGUUUCACGAGGAGAAGAGGAAUGAGUUUGAGAGCUAUGCUGAGGAGGACAACGACGAGCAAAACGAGAGGACCAGAGAGAGCACCGAGCAGUGGAGGGAGUUCCACUACGACGGGAUGAAUCCUCCCCACGAGUACAACCGUCACACCGCCUGAGACCGCCGCAGCAGGUCCAUGACUUUACAGCUGACUGACUUUAAAAAAGAAAAAGGAAAAGAAAUGCUCGAUAAAUACGCUUUGCUCUUAUAAAAACAUAAAUUUGAUUAGUUUUCAGGAGAAAUGUUCUCCAAUUUUUAUUCUAGUUUUUUUAUUUUCUAUGUUGCUUAAAUCUAAUCCUGUAAAAGUUGGUCAAAAUGUUUCAUAUUUUUUGAAAGGAGAUCUAAUCCGUAAUUUAGAUCAUGCUUAUUGUUUCUCAUUGUUUCAUUUGUCUGUCAUUAGCCAGUUGGGUUAUCAACGCCAGGACUGAUUUAAAAGAGCAAAUUCAAAACAAAAUUGAAUAACAAAAGUAAAUUCAUUUCAGAUUUGUUCAAAUUUGAAACAAAACGACAUAUUUCCUGCAAUUUACAGUAAAAUAGGUAGAAAUGAUCAAAGCAAACCUAUAAUUUUGUUGUCAUUUUUUUUUAUCAUGGCCUAAAAAAAUUUACCUUUAAUGUCUGAAACAUUUAAUUGUCUGAUUGAGAAAACAAUGAAAUUAUGUUGCACCAGGAUAUUCACAGUAAAAAAACAAAUCAAGUAGGAAGAUAAACCUCUUUUCUUAUCGACAGGGUUGAUAUUCAGUACUCUGUAGAAAUGAAAGCUUAAAUAUUGUUUACAAAGAUGUUCGCUGAAUAUUAAGUACUUAUUUUAAAGUGACAAUGCAUAUCUGUGUUUUCCUAAUUCAUAUUAUUCAGCAAGGGUUAAAAUGUAUUAUUUCUAUUGUAACAGUAUCCAUGCUAUACUGCUGUGUAGUAGUAAAUCUAAUUUACUUUCCUUCAAAGAGCAAAAAUAUACAGAGACUAUAAAAAGUAACGCUUUGCUGUUGAAUUGUCAAGCUUUUCCAAAGUAAAAAUGAGAGGUAAUAAAUUAUUGUAAUAAAAAUAAAGUAGAUACAACUCACUUGGAAAAACAACUGAAAUCGUUUGGGUUAAAAAAAACAAAAACUCACUUGAAAAAUAAUGUAGUUGCAUGUGUAGGCAGGCCCUAGAACCAGCCCCAAAUCAUGGGGUUUGCUUUGUUGUGGACAUGAUUUUUUAUUUGUAUUUAAUAGGUGGAGACACUUCUGAUAUUACUUUGCCAAUAAUUCUAACGUGGUUGUGAAGAUGUAGCAUUUUCAACUCCCUCUCCCUGUUUCAUUCAGCUAUAGACACAUUUCUGCAAUAUGGCGUUUAAUGUAAGCUUAAAAUCUUUUAUUGCUUCACAUUUUCUUUAGGAUUGCUCAGAUUGCAGAUUUCUGGCCGAUCGCCGAUUACCAAUGUUUUAAAAAGCCUGACCUGCUUUCCAAUUCCAAUUUUAGCUGAUACCAAUUUGUUUCGUCUGAAAAAUUGCUCAAUAUAGCAAGAAAGUCACUGAAUUGGAUACAGUGGGGUGACUAUUGUUAACCGUAAAUGUGCAGACAUGGUGCAGUCUGUCAGUCAAACCUCUCUCACGACAGAGCGGAAGACACUGGUUGAUUUUCAGACCUUUGCCACGGUAGAUAAGAUCGGUGGAUAAGAUCGGCUUCACAUGUAAAAAUCGUCCGAUCACCGAUCUCCCAAAAUUAAAAAAAAUCGGCACCGAUGAAUCAGUGUACCCCCAGUUUUCUUCUCAUGAUAAUUUACGAAAGACUUAAAACAAAACACGCAAGGCUGGUGAAUGUUGUAGAGUUUUUGUAUUUACAGUAAGUAUACUUCCAAAAUCUUUGAUAUUCACCACAUCUUUUGUUAUUAAAGGGUGGCAAAACCUUA